AUGCCGAACUAUUUCUUCUUCCGCCCUCCCGCGGAUGAUCCAGCAUUCGCGUUCCAAGCGCCCGCAUGGGACGAUCAGGGUGAUGGUCUCGCUUCAAAUUACUACGCGCACUCUUGCCCUGGCGUGGAAGAGAUCGCACGCGCUGUUCUUGAGGAGGCGGUGGGACGUGAUGGGCGUGUUGGAGCGUCCCUUCUUCGUCUCCAUUUCCACGAUUGUUUUGUUAGCGGCUGCGAUGGAUCCAUUCUCUUGGACGCGACGCCGGAGCUCCAGAGCGAGAAGGCGGCCACUCCCAAUCGCAACUCCGCCCGGGGAUUCGAGGUCAUCGACGCGAUCAAGGCGGCCGUGGAGCGGGAGUGCGAGGGCGUGGUGUCGUGCGCGGAUCUGCUGGCCAUAGCCGCCCGGGAUUCCGUUGUUCUGAGCGGAGGCCAUCCCUGGGAAGUCCUCUUGGGCCGACGAGACAGCCUCGAGCCCAACUUCAAAGGCGCCAACACGGACAUCCCUGCGCCAAACUCGACGCUCUCGCAGCUCAUCGCCGCCUUCGCCAACAAGGGCCUCUCCACCGCCGACAUGGUCACCCUCUCCGGCUCCCACACCGUCGGUUUCUCCCGCUGCUCCAGCUUCACCCAGCGCCUCUACGACCACCAGAGGUCGGGCUCCCCGGACCCCGACCUCGACCCGGAGCUCCUCCGCCACCUCCAGCGCCUCUGCCCGCGCGGCGGCGACGCGAACGCCAUCGCCAUGCUCGACGUCUACUCCCCGGCUCGCUUCGACAAUAGCUACUUCGCCAACUUGCAGCUUCGCCGGGGGGUGUUGAGCUCGGACCAGGCUCUCCUUACGGUGCUGUCGCCCUCUUCUUCUUCCGAGAACUUGUCCGAGGACUCCCUCGUCAGUGGGGUCCUGGUGGAAGCCUACGCGUACGACGAGUCGCGGUUCCUGGAGGCGUUUGGCGAAGCCAUGGUCAAGCUGGGAAGCAUCGCCCCGCUGACUGGCGAUCGAGGCGAAGUCCGCCGGGAUUGCCGCGUUGUCAACUCUGAUGAGCAGUAGUGGAUUCGCGCUCGAGCGGUUCAUGUGGUCAUACGUGAGAGGUACGUAUUUCUCUGGGGGAUUUGGUGUUGACAUAGCUGGCCGUGCUAUGCGUAGAGCUCUAGAGUUCCUAGAUCUUUCUUAUUCUUUUCCUUGUUUUGGUGGGUGAUCGAUUUGACUAGUAGGCGUUUAAAACGUUUCCUCGUUUGUGCGACUCUUGAGAUCUCUGGAAAGUUUCUUCUCUUCGCGUGAA